CACCAGACGACCAAUCAUAGUGUAGCUAUGAACAGCCAAUCACAGCGCACAUCUACCUAACACCGGAGCCGGAAGUGGAGCGCACAUGGGGCGUCUGGAGCUGUGAGCUUUUCCUUAUGAAGUCGUCCUUGUCCGGCUGUUACCGCAUGGUGUGAACGGAGCUCAUGUGCACACAGGCUUAUCACGUGUUUUUUUGUAUAACAUUGUCACCCAGCUGUUCAAGGUGAUCUUAUCUUUCCAUUUCCUUUUAGGAGGAAAUAAAGGACUUUCCCAUGUUUUAUAGAAGGUGAAACGGAAACCUAGUCCCAGACUGAGGAAACAAUCCCACAACCAUGGCGCUGAAAAUGCUCAUCAACAUAACUGGUAAUUUUGUGACUUGUAUGAAGAGUACGAGGAAUGGUAAAGCGGUGGCAAGCUUUACCAUCACCAUUCCUGGCAUAGCAUGGGCACGGUUCUGCACACAACAGCUUUCACACAAUGAAGUAAAAAUCCCUGUGGAAAAUCUGAACCUGGUAACCAACCUUGAGCAAAUGGGAGUGGACAUGACUAAGAUCAGAAUGCGGAAUGCAAUUCUCCUUAAGAAGACAAUCACUUACGAGCAAAAACUCAAACAGUUCCUCACUGACAAAGGUGCAGAUACCAAGAUGGUGGCAAGCAUCAUUUCCCGGUACCCGCGGGCGAUCACUCGCAAGCACGAAGUCUUGGAUGAGAUGUGGAACAUUUGGAAAGGGAUAUUGGAUACGGACACAACCGUCUUAAGUGUUGCACAGCGAUCUCCGGAGUCUUUCUUCCGGACAUCUAAUACUGAGAACUUGUUAAAGAAUAUUCGUUACCUCCAGUCUCUUGGAUUGCCGCCCAAAAUCCUCAGUCAGCUGAUGGUGAAGUCUCCUAGGACUUUUGCCAACAGCGUUGACCUCAACAAACAGAAUGUGGAAUAUUUACUAGGACUCUGCUCUCAGUUAGGUGGAAAGAAUCCGCGGGAGUUUGUCCGUGAAUUGAUUUCUAGAAAUAUAUAUAUUUUAACCAAAAGUACGAAUCGCAUCCAAGCCAAUGUGGAGAACAUGAAGUCCCUGAUGAAAUUGGAUGACUGUACCCUCCUGCGUUGGAUACAAGGUGACGGUUCGCCCCUGCUCAGCCUCAGCUAUACUUACUUCGAGAACAAUUAUAAAAGCGUUCAGGAAAUUCUACAGUCCUUGGGGUGUACGGAAUCGCAGGUAUCACUCUUUAUCUUCAUGUGUCCCAAAGUGCUUCUUAUGACGCCCAACAUAUUUGCCAAUAAGGUUAACGUGCUGCUGGAGUGCGGCAUCGACGUUCGGGAAAUCCUUGACACCUCAAACAUACUGGCCGUGCACAUCAACAGCCUAAAAUCUAGAAUUAUGAUGCUGAAAGACUGCGGCUAUGACUUCAGGUUGUAUGGCCUUAGUGUUCUCUCACUAAGUCAGGCCAAGUUUAUCUCGAAGUUGGAGAGACUGCGCAGUGCGGGGUCGCCAGAUGAGAACGUCGGACACUGCUGAUUGAUUUCGCUUUAUUGAUUAUUUUAUUUUAGUAAUUUCAAUUAAAUAUUUGCACUUGUCGUAUUUUAAACUUGAAGAUUGUGCAGUG